AUGAAGUAUUUCCGUGUAUUGAAACAGUUCAAGUGGGCCGAGCAAGUCAUCCAGAAAGUGAACCGUCAUAUGACCGAAUCGAGGAGAUCUGCUGUCAGUGUACCAAUCGCAAAAGCAACGGGAAAAGAAAAAGCUGUAAAAAAAAAAACGUGGAAAGAUCGGACAAAAGCACUCCUUGUAAGGGAAUUGAGAAGCGAAUAUAAACGGUACGGUGAAUUGGUAAAACGAAACACGGCACAGUGUAAUUUGAUUCGGUACGCGCUCAGAGAUGAUUACAAAAAUUUGGUUGCUUACACACAUGCUUAUCUCGAUUCCCUCAGUGAAAAGUCGCUUGCGGACCGGGAAGAUGAUGAGAUCUUCAGUGUUACAUUGCUGCUGGUUGCUCGUCAGUAUAGUCACUAUUCGAGAAAUCAGUCAUUAGCUAACUCACGGGAGCCUUUACAGCUAUUUUUCUCAUUAGCAAAUUUAAUGGAGCAAAUGCCAAUACAAGGAGAUGAUACAAAAGCAGCCUGGAUACUUCUUCUAGAUCGUUUUGAAAGAUGGAUCGGAAUUCGAACAAUUGAUGGAAAAUCGAAUGAUAUCGACGAUGUGCACAUUGAACUGAGACGUAAAUUAACUUCCCAGGCUGGAUUAGGUUCCUUACCACGAUUUUACAAUCGUUUCUUGUUUACUGAUGAGGAUCAAGUGGUGAUUCGUUUUCGAGAGCGUGAACUUUUUGGCAAAAACGUUGUCUACAGGGAUGAAGAGAAGGAAUGGCCAUACGAUAAGGACCUCAAACUUGUCAGUGGUCUGCAUGAGCCUGCUUCGAAGAAUGAAUAUCAUGGAUCGCCAUAUUCCAAUAUCAUUUUUGCAAAGGAUGAGUACGCAAAGAAAUUUGCUGAGCAGUUACAAAGAGAAGCCGAUCGUUAUUUAUUUGUAAAAAAUUUCAAUCGAAAGUCAGAUGAAAUUUCGGUGGAAGGUUUAAUUAAACGAUGGAACUGGCAUAAAAUCAUAUUAGAAUGCUUGACGUUACGUGUAGAAGAAUUACGACAGUAUCCCUUGAAAGAUUUCAUGAGCGUUGUGGAUUUGAGAACUUGCACUUCACUUAUUCUAUCAACAGUAAUGUCAAUAUGUGCCCAAGGUGAAGAAUUAGUUCCAGCAACUACAUUUCGCUAUUGUUUAGCAAGUCCCAUUUUGAACAUUAUUGGCCAAAUGUUUCUGCAAAAAGUGUCAAAAAACAUAACUAAGAUGCAAGACGAAAUCUUUUCUGACUACAUCAAAUACUUUUUGAAUGCAGAAAUUUCACGGCAAUACACUGUACGCGAAUGGUGGAUGCAUUGUGCCUCUCAAAUGCACUUAAGUCCUCAAUUGAAACUUCCAUGUGCUGAUUUUGGAUCUGGAAUACGUGAACAGCUUGGCUCGUUUUUAACAUCUGUCAUUUUGGAAGCAUGCGAAGUACAUAUUAAAGGUGAUCAUGGGAAGAUUAUAUCCAUUCCGGUGUUCUCUUAUAAAGACGUUGUUAAUGAAGAAAGUUCUCUUGAUGGGGAUGUUUUGUGUGUAACGAAAAUGAUAAAAAUAUGUAGCGCAAUGAUGGAAGUUGUGAGCAAGCAUCAAUUUGAGUGGAUGGUUUUUCCUACUGAUUUAUUGCCUAUGGAAGUACCUCCGCGGCCAUGGUUAGAUUCUGGAGAAGGUGGGCCGUAUUACGGGUCUUCUUUCAAUGUAUUGAGAGCACAUCCCGAUUAUUCAACGAUUAACGUGAAUUAUGAGAUGAAAAAACGGUUAAAGUCACGCAAACAAGGUCGACCAGUUUUCGAUGCACUAAAUGAUUUGGGUAUUACGCCAUGGAAAAUAAAUGAGCCUGUUCUUGAUGUAGCUCUUAAGGUUUUUGAAAUGGCUCAAACGAAAGCAAAUGAGGAGUUUUUGGAGAAGUUAUCGAUACCAAUUCAUCCGAGUCGAGUUUUGAUACCAGAUUACGUAGCUAAAUUCGGAAAUGUGGGAAUAGAGGAGUUACCGAUAAAUGAAUGGAGAGAGUAUUCAAAAGCGAAAUAUGAAGCCAUGAAAAAAAGAAACGAAUUAAAUUCAUUAUGGUGCUGGUUGCUUUAUCGUUUGACAAUGGCAAGCCACUUUAAAGGAAGUGUUCUUUUCUUUCCACACAGUAUGGAUUUUCGGGGACGUGUAUAUCCAAUAACUCCAUACCUAAAUCAUAUGGGAGAUGAUUUAAAUCGUUCACUGUUGGUUUUUGCGGAAGGUCGACCGUUGGGUGAUGAUGGUUUGCAGUGGCUGAAACUUCAUUGUAUAAAUUUGACGGGUAUUUUAAAGAAAGAGUCGAAUUUCACUCGUGCAGUAUACGCUGAUGAAAUGCUGCCAAAAAUUCUGGAAAGUGCGAAUAGUCCCUUAUCAGGUGAAAUGUGGUGGACGAAAUCAGAAGAACCGUGGCAGACUUUAUCUGCGUGUAUUGAAAUUAGAAAUGCUUUACAAACUGGUGAUCCGACGACUUUCAUUAGUCAUUUACCGGUAUAUCAAGAUGGUUCAUGCAAUGGUUUGCAGCAUUAUGCAGCAUUGGGUAGGGAUCAAGAAGGUGGAAAGGAAGUGAAUUUAGUGCCAGCGGAAAAACCAUCUGAUGUUUAUUCCAGUGUUGCUGUUAGAGUAGAGCAGAAACGUUUGGAGGAUGAGCGGAGUCUCGAUUCUGAAGUUCGCGAUUUGGCCUUGUCGCUGCGUGCCAUUAUGCCAGAUCCUGUUUCGAGGAAGGUGAUAAAACAGACAGUAAUGACCACUGUUUAUGGCGUAACAAUGAACGGAGCACGAAGACAAAUCGAAAGGCAGCUGAAAGCGAUUGGAAUAGAUUCGGAUGAACGCAUGAAGUACGCGACCUAUUUGGCGGACAGAACAUUUCGAAGUCUAAACGACGCUUUUACUAGCUCAAUGAAAAUGAAAGAUUGGUUUCGCAAUUGUGCGGAAGCAAUUGUAAAACUUAUGCAUACAGUGGAGUGGAUUACACCUCUAGGUUUACCAGUUUAUCAACCUUAUUUAGAAACGAAAAUGGAAGAAAAUAAAGUUUAUCGCCUACCUAAAUCCGUUAAACAGGUAAACGCAUUUCCCCCAAAUUUCGUGCAUUCGUUGGAUUCAACACAUAUGAUGUUAACUGCUUUAUAUUGCCGACGACUAGGUAUAACAUUCGCAGCGGUACAUGAUUGCUAUUGGACUCAUGCCUGUGAGGUGGAUCAAAUGAAUAAGAUAUGUCGGGAACAGUUCGUGCAGUUGCAUAACGAGCCACUAAUAAAGCAAUGCGCAGAGUUCUUUCGCCAAAAAUAUUUACCGAACUGGUUACGUACUGUCAUGUUAAGCGAAGAAUUCCAAGAACUUCGGAAAAUAUUCACACCAAAAGUUCGACAAGGAGUGCUUGAUCUGGAUGCUGUACGACAUUCCACCUAUUUCUUUUCCUAA